AUGUCUACUCAAAACGACUGGGAUUUCGGUCAUACCAAAAUCUACCCACUCACAUUUCAAAGUCGAGGCAUAUCCUUUCCGGAAUGGGUGUCACUCUUCACUCUCGCCCUGGCACCGCUAAUUGCACACAUUAUUGCUGGAGCGCCCGAACCAUCAUAUCUCUGCAAAAGGCGACCAAAAUGGCACGAGCGCAUCAGCCAUUAUAAUCCGACAUCUAUUUUGUGGCGCUACGCUGCCAUUGCCGACCGACGGAUCCGAGCCAAUGCCUGGGACCCAUCCGAUAUGGCGGCGUCUAACGCUCUCUUUUGGACAGCGGAGGGUUGGGACGGUUCUGAAGCAAUGGUUGAUACGAGUCUUCCACAGUGUAAUCAGCUGCCGGCCAAAUCACGCAUUCGGAUAUUCUCGGUGGAAAUGCUCAAAACACUCAUAGUCACUUUGCAAGGCGCACAAGCCAUGACGCUGAUUGCGUUAGGUGCCGCAAGAACGACGAGCGCACAGAGCGUCAUCUCCAACAUGGCUGUGGACUUUGUCUUCUUUCCCAUUGCACUGCUUGGAGUCUUGCGUCUUCCGGCCGGGUUAUGGCUAACAGAACACUUUGUAUACGGCGCGUCAUUCACGCGCCUGGAAGAACACAACCUACAGAUUUACCAACAUGGUAGCUACGUAUCCAAGGACGGGCUGUUGGAUUCUCCAGCUAUUGUUGUGGAGAACCGGAGACGGUUUCGUCCAUGCACGUUCUGGCCAAGCAUUCUGUUUCGCGUGUUCUUCACGCUUUUCCUGCUAGGACUCCCUACAAUGCUUGGCGUAUACAUUUUGCCUUGGGCUGGUGCGGUAAGGUUCACCACAACAAACUUCGUCGUUUGCAUGUUUUACUUGAUGUUCACUCUAGCAACGGCCGCGGUAUUCAUACGGUAUCUAGCUGUCGGCGCAACGUCGACGGUUGUACCUUGCAUCAACUCCGUAUGGUACAAGGCUUAUACUAUGAUGCUUGGUAUACUGGCCUUGGGGAUGAUCAUAGUGGCCUGCAUAGAGACGCGAAAAACGCCAUGUGGCAAGUAUACCAGCUUCUCUGGCAGCGAGGGAGACUUGUUAGCCUGCUGGAGUUCAAACACGGAAGUAUGGUUCCUCGAUCCUGACCGCUACCACAAUUUUGGUAUCGCCCGAACCGUGCCACAAGAGUAUGAUCAAGGCACAUUAGAUUCGAAAGACUUCUGGGUGUACAACUUCACCGGGGUAUGUCUCGGGAAGCCAAUAGAUCCAACCGGACAAUUGGUUGUUAUGGAAGCAGCAAACUUGGGACAGAUGGUUUCCCCAGAGGCGACAUGA